AUGUGGCUUGCCAAUGUGCUUCAGCUGUUCCUGGCGCUUGGUACGGUUUCUUGGGCAAUCCACACUCCCAAUGUCUUUAUGUACGAAGAUUGGUAUUGGUCCGAGCUUGGGUACAACCGAUCCGGCUAUGAUGCGCUCGUGGCGGUUAAGGGGCAGGCCGAUCUUCCUAUGAAGUGGGAUCCGCAGAGCACUGCCCCGGAAUUCUUAGGGUUCUUAUUCUGGAAUCUUCAGGUCCUGUACUCCUGCUUCCUCAACCUUGUCCUCCCAAGGUCUGAAACCAUCGCGCUGGCGUCAUCACCAGCUUGCGGCACUGCUCCGCGCAUGAUGCGAGUGCCCGAGAACAUUUGCCAGGAACGCGCCGUUUGCAAAGGCGGCGCUUCAAUGACAAAGGACUCCUGGGGUGUGGUUCAGAACCGGUCUCGCGCACUUUUUUCCCGCUUCAGACGCCGAAUGUCCGUCAUGGAGCAUCUGCUCAGCAGCGUGAGAGCUGGUUCUGACACGCUGAGCAUGCAAAGCACGAUGAGCUCAAUUCAUGCUGCUGCGGCUCUGCUCACCACCCUUCCUUCAAUGUUCCUCACAUGCGUCGAUGCGGACAGGCUUCUUUACGACAGAGCAGAUAUCUUUCGGAAGCAGAGCAAGGACUUGAUGGAACAGACCUAUUUUGCUUUCAUGGUGGAUUACACUGGCGGCCCACAGCCUUCUCAUGUCAUCUUCCAUCCUGACGGGGGACAUUGCGGAGGCCGCCACCAGCGUGCCCAUGUAGUACGUUCCUUACUUGAUGCGUGCCUCACCAUGAAGGCGUGGACGUCAUCGUCUGUGUCGCCGCCUUCAACUUGCCUUAGUGCCGUGGAGGUCGGAACGCGGGAAGGAUUGACUGCGAGACACCUCUUGCACACGCUUCCUUGCUUACACCUGCUAAGCGUUGACAAGCUCGUGCUGCCAGAAGCCCGUGUCAAUCUGCACAUGUUUGGGAAUCGGAGCACAUUGUGGGAACUCACAUCAGAGGCAGCUGCCGAGCACUUGCCACCACAGUCAGUGGAUUUGGUGUUCAUUGAUGCCUUGCACACGUACGAGGCAGCAUACCAAGACAUUCUCUUGUGGGCCCCAAAGGUCGUGCCAGGGGGUAUCGUUUCCGGCCAUGACUAUAGCCACUACUUUCCUGGCGUAAUCCGGGCUGUGAAUGAGUAUGUCGCAAACCUGGGUGGUUCAGUGCUACAUCUUGGCGUUGACUACGUCUGGUGGGUUCGCGUUUGA